AUGGCCACCGCAUCAGUAUCGACUCCUAUCAAGUCCCACAAGGGGCUCUUUUCUUCCCGCACCGCCGGCGGUCGCAUGCCCCUCACCCCUUCCCCCCGUCAGCACUCGACUUCCAUCUCCGCCAACUUGAACUCUUCACCCUUCACCCCCGAGAGGCAGUCGAGCAACGACACGUACCGCCCAGCUGCCAAGUCAACCUACGGCAGCAACUUGACAGCACACCUUGCCAGAUCCACCAACAAGAAGUCCUCUCACCGCGACUCUCCCAAGUCCAACAUUGCCAGAGGCGUCUCUACCCCUCGCAAGGCUCUGGAGCUUGGUGUGUCCGACUUCACCUUGACCAGCACCAGCACCAAGACUCCUUCCAGCUCCAAGCCCAAGAAGGCCUCUAUCAGGCAAAAGACCGCCAAGACCACCGUCAACUAUGGCGCCGAUAGAUUCAUUCCCAACCGUGGCGCCAGCUCUGCCAUCGCCAACGCUGGAAGCAGCAAGCUGGACAGGGCCGAGAAGAAGUCCAAGGUUAGCACUAGCGAGGCUUCCAACGUUUUGUCUUCUGCCACCGAUGAUGCUAUUGCAGCCCUGGAGGGCCUUAACAUCGAAGACGAGGAGCCUGCCAGCUACUCCCGCCCUUCUCCCAACACCGUCGCCUACCAAGACUCACUUGCCAACGCCUGCGGUGUCAGCCUCAACACCCGCAUUCUUCAAUUCAAGCCUGCGCCCCCCGAGUCCUCCAAGCCGAUCGAUCUCCGCCAGCAGUACAACCGUCCUCUCAAGCCUGCGACCUCCACCUCGGCCCAGUUCCGCCGUCGUGUUGCUACUGCUCCGGAGCGUGUCCUUGAUGCCCCUGGUCUCAUCGACGACUACUACCUCAACCUUCUCGACUGGAGCUCUGGCAACCAGGUUGCCAUUGGCCUCGAGCGCAACGUCUACGUCUGGUCUGCUGAUGAGGGCAGUGUCAGCUGUCUUCUUGAGACCCCCGCCGACACCUACGUUAGCAGUGUCAAGUGGUCCGGCGAUGGUGCCUACGUCAGUGUUGGACUUGGUACUGGUGAAGUUCAGAUUUGGGACGUCGCAGAGGCCCAGAAGGUCCGAAGCAUGUUUGGCCACGACACCCGCGUUGGCGUGAUGGGCUGGAACAAGCACCUCCUCUCCACCGGCGCCCGCAGUGGUCUCGUCUACAACCACGAUGUCCGUAUUGCGGAGCACAAGGUUGCAGAACUCGUCUCCCACACUUCCGAGGUCUGUGGCCUUGAGUGGCGCUCCGAUGGUGCUCAGCUUGCUACUGGUGGCAACGACAACCUUGUCUCCAUCUGGGACGCUCGCUCCCUCUCCGUCCCCAAGUUCACCAAGACGAACCACAAGGCUGCCGUCAAGGCGCUCGCAUGGUGCCCGUGGAACAUGAACCUGCUCGCCACGGGUGGUGGUUCGUACGAUCGCCACAUCCACUUCUGGAACUCCACCUCAGGCGCUCGCGUCAACAGCAUCGAUACCGGCUCGCAGGUCACUAGUCUUCGAUGGAGCCCUCACUACCGUGAGAUUGUCAGCUCCAGUGGCUUCCCCGACAACUCGCUCAGCAUCUGGAGCUACCCCACGCUGGUUCGCAAUGUUGAGAUUCCUGCGCACGAGAGCAGAGUCCUGCACAGCUGCCUCAGCCCUGACGGUCAGAUGCUCGCUACCGCAGCUGCCGACGAGAGUCUGAAGUUCUGGAAGGUGUUCGAGAAGAAGGCGGGAGCUGGCGCCGGUGUCGGUAGCAGCAGCUCUUCGGCCAAGGCGGACAUGGUCAAGCAGAUGACCAUCCGGUAA